AAGACAGGCAAGUGUCUGGUCAGUCUAGAAGCUACAACAACCAGGUGAAGUCGAACUGAUGAAGAUGAGAAGUUCGAAUUCACUCAGUGCCCAACAACUGAUCUUCAUCGUCGGAAUGUUUUCUCUGACAGCAACCAAGGCGUUGGCCGCCUGUACAGGACAAGGAACGUAUGAGGUCAAGUUUACGGGCCUAUGGACAGCGUCUAGUCAUCCUAAAGAUUAUCCAUCUCAUCCACAUUGGUCUGGUCUGGUAGGAGGGAGUCACAACAGCAAAUAUCAAAUGUGGGUUGCUGGAGGUACAUCUACACUUGGAAUGAAGAAUAUAGCGGAAUUUGGAAAAAAUGCAACUUUGCUUAAUGAAAUGAGAGCUCAAGGAAGUAAUGUUCUGGGCACUCUGGCUUUGCAGGGUAUAUCUUCUGGUACUGGCACUGGUGAUGGGAGUCUAGAUGUUGAUGGCAGCCAUUCACUUGUUUCUCUUGUCAGUAUGGUCGCUCCCAGUCCUGACUGGUUUGUAGGCGUUCAUGACCUUGAUCUGUGUAAUGGAACGACGUGGACACAGUCGAUGACUGUUGACUUGUUUCCUUAUGAUGCAGGAACUGACAGUGGACUGAAAUUCAACUCGAACAACUCAGCAACAAACCCCCAAGAGCGAAUCCACCUUCUGACUGCAACAAAUCCAAAUAAUAGCCAAAGCUCAUUUUUUGGUGGUGUAAAUCUUGUCCAAAGGUUUGCCUCUCUUGAGCUAUCUCUGCAAUCAGUGUCAACAGUGCCACCUCCUAGAGCAUCACAACAACCUCUCACUUCCUGUCCAGGUAAUAAAACAUACAAUGUCAAUUUCACAACAAUGUGGACAGCAGCAAGCCACCCCAAAGACUAUCCUGCUGGUGAUGCUCAUUGGUCUGGACUGGUCGGUGGAAGUCAUAACAGUGAGUAUAGGAUGUGGACAAGAGGUGGAAUGUCAACACCAGGAAUGGAAAUGAUGGCCGAGUUUGGAAAACAGCCUACUUUGUUGGAUGAGAUGAAGAAAGAGGGAAACAGAGUGCUUCAGACAAUAGCUCUUAGUGGCAUUGGGUCUGGUUCUGGAUAUCGACGUGGAAACUUACUUGUUGAUAGUGACCAUUCAUAUGUGUCGUUAGUCAGUAUGAUCGCUCCUAGUCCUGACUGGUUUGUUGGAAUCCAUGAUGUAGAUCUAUGUGACAGAUCUACAUUCAAAUGGAGAGAGACUGUAAUUAUAAAAUUACUACCAUAUGAUGCUGGCACCGAUAAUGGACUAAAGUUCAGAUCUGAUGAUGAUGACACUCAGCCUAAAGCUCAAAUCCAUCUUCUGACAGGAACGAUGCCUAAUAACUCUGACAGCUCAUUCUAUGGAUACGAUCCUGUGCCACCAAUGGCAACCAUGACCAUAACAUUAGGAGCUGGUGAAUCAUCUGGAAACAAUUGUGUGGCUGGAGAAAUGAUUAUAAUAAUAAGUAUUAUGUCUAUGCUUGUUCUGUCAAUACGUCGUCUGUGUCCAGACAUGUCGACAGAACAUACAUCAGAACGUUAUCGUUCGAGCUCUCGAAAGUUGGUAACGCUGUCGCUUAAGAGAAAGAUUGAGUUGAUACAGUGCGUUGAAAGUGGUGGAAAGAGAAAGAAAGAAAUUGCGAGCGACUUUGGAAUAGCGCCAAACACGCUGUCGACUAUACUUCGUGAUAAAGACAGAUACCAAAGGCUUUUCUACGGAGGAAAGACGGACUUGAACAAGAAAAGAGCUCGAGGAGCUUUUCUGAUAAGAUUGAUGAUGAUGUUGAUCAUUGUGUUGCUCUUCACCUCUCUGACUGCCGUUUAUGGAGCUUGUACAGGACAAGCGACAUAUGCCAUCACUUUCCAGACUGUCUGGACGUCGACUAGUCAUCCUAAAGAUUACCCGUCUAGUGCACAUUGGUCUGGUCUGGUAGGAGGGAGUCACAACAGCAAAUAUCAAGUGUGGCUUUCUGGAGGUACAUCUACACCUGGAAUGAAGAAUAUGGCGGAAGCUGGAGGACAAUUUACUUUGCUUAGUGAAAUGAGAGCUCAAGGAAGUAAUGUUCUGGACACUGUGACUUUGUCUGUUAUAUUUCCUGGUACUGGCACUCGUAAAGGGAGUCUAGAUGUUGAUGGCAGCCAUUCACUUGUUUCUCUUGUCAGUAUGGUCGCUCCCAGUCCUGACUGGUUUGUAGGCGUUCAUGAUCUUGAUCUGUGUAAUGGAACAACAUGGACACAGUCGAUGACUGUUGACUUGUUUCCUUAUGAUGCAGGAACUGACAGUGGACUGAAAUUCGCAUCGGCCAACUCUGCAACAAGCCCCCAGGAGCCGAUCUAUCGUCUGACAGGAACAAAUCCAAACAAUGCUCAAAGCUCAUUCUAUGGAUAUGAUCCAGUACCGAAUAUCCUAGCGUGUGCACAGCCUUGCAGUUCAGACAAGCCAUGCACCGUCGGAUAAUAAAUAAAGAAUAAAAUUAGAAAUAAUAAAAAAUAAAUAAUAAAUAAGUAAAAACAAAUAAAAGUAAAUAAUAAAUAAGUAAAAAUAAAUAAUAAUAAGUAAAAAUAAAUAAUAAUAAAUAAUAAUAAAUAAUAAUAAAAAAAAUAAUAAUAAAAAUAAAAAUAAAAAAAGACAAACAGACAACAGACAACAAACAGAUACACAGACAGAAUAAUAAACACAAACACAGACACUGACAGACAGAGACAAACAGACAACAAACAGAUACACAGACCGACAAACACACAGACAGACAAACACACAGACAGACAAACAGACAACAGACACAAACAGACAGACAGACUGACAAACACACAAAAACACUAACAGACAAACAAACACACAAAACAGACACACACUGACAGACAGACAGACAGACAAACACACACUCUCUCUCUCCUCUCCUCUCCUCUCCUCUCCUCUCCUCUCCUCUCCUCUCCUCUCUAGUGUAAAUAAACGACCACAUCUGUUACACUUGAUUCCGACCUUUGCUUGUUCCCGGGAAUCUGGGCGAUUUUGUCCUCUGUUGCAAUUGUGUCUUUUUUACCUGUUUGUGACUUGAACAGUCGCUUGCAGGUAGUGCACAGCAGAGGCUGUUGGUCAUGACAUCUGCUGGGAUCGGCUCUGUUACGAGCCUUCUGACUACUUUGAGCAUUUUCUAAUUCUACUCUUGAAGUGACGAUUGAGUUAAUUUUGCUAGCACAGACGUUCUUCCACUUCUGCCUGUCCUGCGUAAACUGGGACCAGGUGCUUGUUAGGCCAACCAUUUUGAGGUCUUUUACAAUCCUGUCUUUCCACCUUAGUCUGAACCCAUGCGCUGGACGAGUUGAUGGUAGCCACGCAUGAAGCAGCUGCUUGGGCAGACAAUGA